AUGUCGAGCAGCUCAGCACCGACGAUACGAUCGAGUGAGAUCAAGCAAUUGACGCUUCAUAGAGGCUUGCCGAGCCUGCUUCACAUCUAUGUCCUGCCCUUUCUCGCCGCCUAUCCGUAUGCGAUACACAUCUACACGAACAGGCCAGUGCUAUAUGAUCAGGUCCUGGGCGAUCAGGCGAACACCUUUCUGCUCUGUCUAGUGCUCUUCGGGAGCCAUGCGCUCAGCUUCCUGUCGACGAGAUGGUCUACAGGCAUUCGUGCACGAACAACAGCCUAUCCUGCAUCCAGCGUGCAGUCAGCCGAGAUCGUCAGAGUCAUCCCUCACUUGCACCGUGGUCCCGGCGAGCUGUGCAAGCUGCUGAGAUCCCGCAGACCGGAUGGAUCGCAACAGAUUUACUUUGUCUAUCAGCGCGACAAGUUUACCUACGAUCCUCAGUCGCAUUGCUUCGUGCCCCUGGAGUAUCCUUGUGACGUCGACAAAGAGCUGUCCGGAUUCCAGAGUUCGCAUGGCAUCGAUGCACAAGACAAGCUGGACGCUGCACAGGCAGACUAUGGCAAGAACAUCUUUGACAUCCCCGUGCCGACAUUCAGAGAGCUCUUUGCCGAGCACGCCGUCGCACCCUUCUUUGUCUUUCAGCUGUUCUGCGUCGGUCUCUGGUGCUUAGACGAGUACUGGUACUACAGCAUCUUCACGCUCUUUAUGCUCGUCGUCUUUGAAUGCACCACCGUCUUUCAGCGGCAGAAGACCCUGGGCGAGUUUCGGACGAUGUCCAUCAAACCGUACAACGUCUACGUGCGACGGCUGACCAGAUGGGUCGAGAUCGCAUCAGACGAACUUCUGCCUGGUGAUCUCGUGUCUAUAGUCAGAUCGAAGGCCGACUCGGGCUCGCCCGCCGAUCUGCUGCUCCUUGCAGGCUCUUGCAUCGUCAACGAAGCCAUGCUGUCCGGAGAGUCAACGCCGCUGCUCAAAGAGUCUAUCGAGCUCCGGCCCGGCUCAGACGUGCUUGACAUCCAAGGCGCGGAUCGCAACAGCGUACUCUUUGGCGGUACGAAGAUCCUGCAAGCUACGAGUCCAGACGAGCGACAGGAUCUCAAAGCGCCAGACGGCGGAUGUCUUGCCCUCGUUCUCCGGACCGGCUUCGGCACUUCACAGGGUCAGCUCAUUCGCACUAUGGUCUUUUCGACCGAGACCGUGUCUGCCAACAAUUUCGAGAGCUUCAUGUUCAUUGCGUUUUUGCUGGUCUUUGCCAUUGCUGCCAGUGCUUACGUCUGGAUCAAAGGUGUCGAGAUGCAGCGUCCCCGCAUGAAGCUACUGCUCGACUGUGUCAUCAUCAUCACUUCAGUGGUACCACCGGAGCUACCGAUGGAGCUCUCACUUGCAGUCAAUGCCUCACUUGUCGCGCUGUCCAAGUAUGCCAUCUUCUGCACAGAGCCAUUCCGCAUUCCGUUCGCGGGACGAGUGGACGUCUGCUGUUUCGACAAGACUGGCACCAUCACCGGCGAGAACCUCGUCGUCGAAGGCGUAGCUGGCACAGUCGCUGAUAACUCCCGCUCGCUCGUUGCUGUUGGAGAAACAUCCUACGAGACCACGCUCACCCUUGCGUCGGCACAUGCGCUAGUGUUGCUCGACGAUGGUAUCGUGGGUGAUCCGAUGGAGAAGACCACGCUUGAUGCACUUAGAUGGAAGGUGUCCAAGGGCGAUCAGAUCUCGCCGCAAGAGAAGGACGCGCGUCACAGAGCUGUACUCAAUGUCAAGCGUCGCUAUCAGUUCUCUUCGGCGCUCAAACGCAUGUCGACUGUCUCGACUCUGGACGUAAAAGGCUCUCGUAAGACUUUCGUCGCCGUCAAGGGCGCGCCAGAGACUCUACGUACGAUGUACAGCAGCGUACCGGCAGACUACGAGGCCACCUACAAAUGGUUUGCCCAGCGAGGCAGUCGAGUCCUUGCGCUUGGCUACAAAUGGAUCGAUGGCGUGUCAGAGAGUCAAGUCAGGACACUGGACAGAGAGCGGGUCGAAUCUUCUUUGAUCUUUGCCGGCUUCCUUGUGUUCCAUUGUCCGCUCAAAGCAGAUGCAGUCUCGACGCUCAAGGCUCUCAAUGAUUCGUCUCACCGAUGCAUCAUGAUCACCGGCGACAAUCCAUUGACGGCAGUUCAUGUGGCCAGAGACGUCGAGAUCGUGGAUCGCGAUGUGCUGAUAUUAGAUCUCAAGGAAGGUGCAGCUGGGCAAGACGACUUUGUCUGGCGGAUGCCCGACGAAUCAAAGAUCAUUCCGGUCGACAUCGAAGCGCCAAUAGAGCAAGAUGUGCUCGACAAUUAUGAUCUCUGCAUGACCGGCACGGCUCUCAAAGCCUUUGCUGAGCGUCCCGCUUGGCAGCAACUCGUCCAGCAUGUCUGGGUCUAUGCUCGCGUAUCACCAGCGCAGAAAGAGUUUAUAUUGACCUCCCUCAAAAAUCUCGGUUUCGUUACGCUGAUGGCAGGUGACGGAACAAACGAUGUCGGCGCGUUGAAGCAAGCCAACAUCGGUGUCGCGCUGCUUGACGGAUCGCCGGAGGAUUUGCAAAAGAUUGCUGAGCAUCAACGAACCGAGCGUCUGCGCAAGGUUUACGAGACGCAGCUCAAUCUCUCUAUGCGAUGGGGUCAGCCGCCACCGCCUGUGCCUGCGGUCGUUGCCGCAGCCUUCCCAGACCUCGUCAAUGCGCAGAAGGAGCAGCGCGCAAAGUAUGACGCAGAGCGCACGCGCAACCCUGGCAAGCGCCCUGCCUUUGAUUUGAGCGCUUUGACCGGCAAGAUGGCCGACAUCGAUGAUGAGGAAGGCCCGCCUCAGAUAAAGCUGGGCGAUGCAUCUGUCGCCGCCCCCUUCACUUCUAAGCUAUCCAACGUUGUCGCUGUAGCCAAUAUCAUCCGACAAGGAAGAUGUACUCUCGUUGCGACCGUGCAAAUGUACAAGAUCCUCGCCCUGAACUGUCUCAUCUCUGCUUAUGCGCUUUCGGUUCAAUAUUUGGACGGCAUCAAGGCCGGCGACUACCAGGUCACGGUACAAGGCAUACUGAUGAGUAUCUGCUUCAUGUGUAUCUCGCGCGCCAAGCCAGUGGACGGCUUGUCGAAGAAGCGACCGCUUGGCAAUAUUUUCAACUUCUAUGUUGCUAUGACGGUCCUCUUGCAAUUCGCAGUCCACAUUGCUGCGCUAGUAUACAUUACCAGCGUCUGCAAGGGCAUCGAGCCUCACUAUCAGAAGGUUGAUCUGGAAGCCAAGUUCGAGCCAAAUCUGCUCAACUCUGCUAUCUACCUUCUGUCGCUGUCUCAGCAGAUCUCAACAUUUGUAUUCAAUUUCGAAGGCCGCCCAUUCAGAGAAGACAUCUCGGAAAACUCGGCGCUAUAUUAUGGCCUGCUCGGUGUGGCAGCAGUGGCUGUCAAUGGCGCAACGAAUUUUCAGGAAGAUGUCAACAAAUGGCUUCAACUGACCGACAUGACGCUCGAAUUCCGCUUGAAGCUCAUCCUCACGAUGGCAUUAGACUUUGGAAUUGCCUACCUGAUGGAGGUGCUGGCGAGGUACCUGUUCGUGUCAAACGCGCCGAAAGAUCUCAUCACUCGCGGUACAGAGAGGCGAGAGGCUCGCAGGGUCGAGGAGAAACGCCUGCUGGCGAUCGAGCUCGCGCGAAUCGACAGCGAGCAAUUGCUCAUAGAGAAGAAAGAGCUGUAG